AUGAACCCAGUUGCGUAUCUCGAGGGACAGAAUAUAAAGCUAGGACCAAGCUUUAAUAAGUGGCGCAUCGAGAACAAUUACAAGACGCUCCGCGCUUUCAUGGACGACGAGAAGAGGUACAGAGUGGUCCCAGGUGCUGACUUCAAAUGUGGCUGGACCGACAGUAAUGGAAAAGCGCAGCCUAUUCCGAAAAACGGCGAUAUGCGAGUGUCGGGCUACACGCACGACGGACCGUGCGAGGUGUGGCUCGACGACAAGAUGGUAGCCCAAGGUGAUAAUUGUCAUAACGACUUUCCUGCCAAAAAAACACUGUAUCGACUAUUCGUCGUGCAAGGUUUGACGUUUUUUCGGUAUAUUUAUGAAAAGAACGUGGGAGUUCCCUUAUCUGGAGAGGAUACAAAUGAAAUAGUCGACGUUGAUGUUGAUAGCGGUGUUUGUCUCCGUGAAUGCUUCCUAAUGUCAGGCUCCAACGAUGUUUGA